AUGAUCGGGGGCCGGAAAUCCCGGGGAUCCCCGGGCACAGCAUCACCCCUGACAGAACCACCUCGUCUCCUCCAGAAUACAGGCCUGUGGCUCCAAAACCCUGGAAGCUGGGCAAGCCCCGGGGCCUCCGCGUCGCCCUCCACAGACAGGCGAGGCUAUCUCGGCCAGCUGCACCUGCGCUGGGCGCCCCUUAUCAGACUGGCAGCCACGCCCGCGACUGGUCCCUUGACCCGUGACACCGGCAUCCUGGCUGUCACGUCACCCCUGUGA